AUGUUUACGCUGCCACGCGCACAAGAUAAAUUGGAGAAGCUUGAACAAUCCAUCGCGGCGAUGAUCAACGAACGGCCGACAUACCUGAACGGUCAAGACCAAGGUCCGAGUACAAGCUCACCCACGCCGAAUGGCCGAUCUGACUACAAAUCGCUCUCAACAAAUCUCGCUGCAACAGACCAGGGGUUCCUAGGCAAGGAUGGCCGGUAUAUCAACGAGCCUCUUCUCUCGCGAGUGCUGGAGAAAGAGCAGGAGCUACAGUCCGCCAUUGGAUCACCGAUUAGUGCGAGCAGUCCGCGCCGAGGACCGUUAUUGAAGGCAGAUGGUCUUUUCUCGAAUCCGUUCUUGAACCAGAUUGACGCACGGGACCUAUUUCCGAGUCGUUGGCAGGCGGUUUCGCUCUGGGAGAUAUUUAUCAGCCGGGUGGAUCCCUUGAUCAAGGUCAUUCAUGUUCCAACGGCCCAAUCGAGCAUAUUUGCUGCCAUUAGUAGACCUGAGAGUGCGCGUGCCGAUGUACGUGCUUUGCUUUAUGCGAUCUAUUUUGGCGCUACGACAACCUUGCUUUCGGAGGAUACCCAGAAUGAAGUCUUGCUUGCUAAUCUGCGGCGGUAUCAGCAAGGGCUGGAAUUGUCCUUGUAUCAAUCCGAGUUUUUGGAUGCUCCAACCAUUACUUCGUUGCAAGCGGUGGUGAUAUAUUUGGCAUGCUUUCGGUUUAGCAAUAGCGGCCGGUCUGGCUGGACAUUGCACGGUGUAACUAUUCGAGCCGCACAAUCCAUCGGUCUUCAGCGGGACGGGAAAUACUUCAAACUCCCACAAGUGGAAUGCGAGCUACGCCGACGAGCCUGGUGGCAUAUCCAAUCAGCCGAUAUUCGAGUCGCAGAAGACCAUGGUCUUUGCGUUCCGGAAAAUGACCACGGCGACACUGAUCUCCCGCUGAAUAUCGACGAUCAGACCAUAUCAAACACGAACAUUGCCCCAGCUGUAUCACAAAACCGAUGGACCGAGAUGACAUUCUCUCUAAUUGUAAUGGAAAUCAACCGGGGCCGACCGGCUUUACUUCGAAGCUUAGCGGGAGCCGCUGACCCAGAGCGGCUCAUCGCUGAAUUCAAAGAUGCAAUACACGAGAAAUAUCUAAGACACAGCGACCCAGACAUCCCGAUCCAACGCUUUGGCUUCCUCCUCGGAUGGCUGCUCCUCACAAAGACUGAAUCACAGGGACCGUCGGCCUCCUCACUCGACCACAACCUUGUCCAAGAGACGCUGGCUCAAGCCUGCUGUGGGAUGGAAAUGAACUUCGAGUUGCACAGCAACGAAUUACUGCGUGGCUUCAACUGGCUGAUGAUGACUUUUACACAGUACCACCUCCUCACCUUCAUCCUCUGGAGUCUGUGUGUCUAUCCCACCGGUCCACACGUUGAACGGGCCUGGCGUGUUAUUGAUACGCAGUUUUCUUUGACUGAUAAUCCCUCCUGGCCGGACCCGGGACCUAAGUGGCCGAUGAUUGUGCAGUUGCGGGAUAAGGCUCGGCUUAUUCGCCAGGCUUAUGAUGAGCAGAGUCGGCAAAUCGUUCACGAACAUCGCCCUUAUUCUACUGAUGGGAUUGGGACUGGGGACUCUAGGAUUGAGGCAGGGUUUGGUAUUGAUAGUUGGGAUCCGAAUUUUGUCGACUUUUCUGAUUGGAAUAACCUGGCCCAGAGUCUUUCUCUCUUGGGUUGA